AUGGCCGAAGAGGAAUUUGAGAUCGACAUCUACGGCGACGCGCCCCAAGACCACCAGGAUGGCAACGCCGAGAACUACGAUGGCCAGCAGGCCAAUGGGCACGCCGACGAGCAAAAUGAACAGCACGAACAUCACGAACAACUUGACGACCAGCAGAAGCACGACGAACAGAACCAGCAGGAGGAGUACAAUGAGCAACAGGAUGCGCCCGCCCCUCAGCAGGGUGUGAAGAGGAAGGGCGACGACAGACCUGUUGACCCGGGCGCGACAACAGCCUUGAUGAUAUCGGAUCUUAACUGGUGGAACACCGACGAUGACAUUAGAGGUUAUGCCAGGGCGGCCCAUUGCGAAGACGAGCUGAAGGACAUAACAUUUAGUGAACACAAGGUCAACGGCAAGAGCAAAGGCCAAGCCUAUGUCGAGUUCACAACGCAACAAGCUGCGACGGCUGCGAAGCAUGCCCUCGAAGCGACAGAUGGUGGACAAGGCGUUCCCAAAAAGCACCAGGUUACUUACUCCAACCCCCACGUCAACCCGUUCCGUACGUUGCCUAAGGACGCGCCGAACCGCGCGGGCAAGGACCAGGGCACCCGACCUGGAGGCAACUACAACAACCAAGGCUCCUCCAUCGGCGGCGACUUCCGUGGUAACGGCUAUCGAGGCCGCGGUGGUUUCAACGGCCCUCGUGGAGGCAUGAACCAGGGAGGAUUCAACCGCAACUUCUCUGGUGGCAUGGGAGGAGGCGGCUUUAACAACAACAUGGGCGGCGGCUUCAACAAUGGCAUGAGUGGCGGUAACUUUGGCGGCGGUGGCUUCCAGCGAGGUGGCGGUUUCGGCGGAGGUAUGCGUGGCGGCCCUGGAAUGCGCGGUGGACGAGGCGGGAUGCACAACCCUAUGGGUGGCAUGGGUAUGGGCCCGAUGGGCGGUAUGCCAAUGGGAGGCAUGCCCAACAUGGGUAUGAUGGGUGGUGGUAUGCCUGGUACGACUUCCCCUUCUCUUGGACUCUCUCAGCAAAGUCACAACCCCUCAACACCUCAAGUCGCCAAUGGACCAUCCCAGAAGCGCAAGUACUCUGGCCGGUGCAAGGGCAAAGCUGCCAAGCCUGACCAAACUCAAUCCCCAUUGCACCCCAAGCGUCAAAGAGUACAGCCCCAGCCUGUAUCAGCAGAAGUUCAAGCUGUACCGGUACUGGAGGUGGGCCGAUGGACCAAGGAUCGUGGCUUGGAGUUCACAACGGGAGCCCUUCCGCUCCCUUCUCCUCCACCCCUAGGCUCGAGGAUGUCUCCUCAUCAAGCUUGGCGCUCUCGCUAA